AAAAAAUUCAAAUUUCAGUAAAAAUUAUAACCAUUUCAAAUCAGUUACGUUUUUAAAAUCCAAAUAUCUCAAAAUUGAUUUUCAUAUCAAAAUCCUAGUCAAAACUUUUUAAAAUAACCAAAAAAAAUAAAAAUAACAAAUGAAUUAAAUAAAUAAUCAAAAUGGUAUUGGAGAGCACUAUGAUAUGUGCAGAUACGAGUGAUUAUAUGAGAAAUGGUGACUUUAUUCCCAGUAGGUUAUAUGCUCAACAAGAUGCUGUUAAUAUAAUCUGCAGAUCUAAAAUUAGAUCUAAUCCAGAAAACAACUUCGGUUUGCUGACUUUAGCGAAAGUUAAAGUGUUAGCAACCCUAGGUAACGACGUCGGUCAUAUCAUGAUCAAGCUGUACAACAUCCAACCAAACGGCGAUAUAGAUUUACCUACAGGACUAAAAAUUGCGCAUCUAGCUCUGAAACACCGAGAAGGAAAAAACCACAAAAUGCGUAUUGUCGCUUUUGUAGGCAGCCCUGUUUUUAGCGAAGAAGAAGAACUGGUAACGAUUGCUAAAAAACUAAGAAAAGAGAAAGUUAGUGUUGAUGUUAUCAAUUUUGGAGAAGAAAUUUUUAAUUUAGAAAUAUUAACGUCUUUUGUCAACAAUAUUAAUGGUAAAGAAGGAACUGGAAGUCAUUUAUUAACAAUCUCCAGCGGAGUUGUCCUUUCUGAUGUAUUAAUUUCUUCUCCAAUCGUACACGGAGUUGAUGGAACUGGAGCAAUUAGGUUGGAAAGUAUUGAAAAUGAUCAAGAUCCCGAGUUAGCGAUGGCUCUUCUUAUUUCCAUGCAAGAAUAUCGACAAAUAGAAGAAGAGGAAACUCGUAGAGCCAAUAAACCAACUACAUCCAGUAAAGAAGCUGAACCUGAAACGAUCUUACCAAAAGACCGUAUUAUACGCUUGAAUGAAGUUAAUUUUGAAAACAUGUCGGAAGAAGAUCAAUUACUAUACGCUUUGCGAAUGUCCAUGCAGACAAUUGAAGACGUUUCAUCGACUCGAGCCGAUCCAACUGAGAAUGAACAAAAUCAAGCGAUGGACGAUCCAGCCAUUUUGCAGAGUAUUUUGGAAAGUUUACCUGGGGUGGAUCCAGAUUCGGAUGUAGUCCGUCAAGCCGUCGAAGACGCAAAGAAAAAGAAGAAAGAAGACGAGGCAAACAAAGAGGCAAAAGAAUAAUUUAUGCCCUUGAUGAUAAUAAGUUCUUUAUUGGAUUUUAAAAAGUUACAAGAGGCCAUUGCUUUACGUAAAAUUGGUUUUUAUGAUGCAAUAUUUUACAUAAUUAAUAUUUAAAAGUAUGUACCUAAAGCAUUAUAUAAGUAUAUUGAUACAAAAAAAGAAUUUUAUUGAAUUGGUUCCUGAAUGGUGUCAACGAUG